CUGCGCAUGGAAAGCAAUUUUGCCCAAUCAUAAAUAGGGCUAUUGUGGGGGGAUGGUGUAUGUUGGCGCAUUUCAUACAUCCGAGUGUAAUGGUAACCAGAUAGAGGCGUCGCGGGGCUAUCGGCCGGUUAGCACAUGGAAUAUGGGAUCUGGAGUCUGCACGCCGCGGGUGGACUUUGGGCCGAUCCGCGGCUCGCCCGAAGACAUCCGAUCCUGCCUCCCGGUGCGCCGCAAAUGCUCCCGAGGGCGGCUUUUGCUUUGAGCGGCCUUCAGAGGCCGUUGGAUAUGGUGCCGCUUCCAUUAGCCGCGACGGGAGCACCUUAUCGCGCGAUGGAACUAAUUGCGAAGCCGCCACAGGCCAGCGACCCCGGCGACCGUCCACGCGAGGUCCGGGAACAGGGUCGGAAACCAGCAGACAACGAAAGCAACAUCGAAAAGGAGGAAGACGAAGACGACAAUGAGAAUCUGACGUCAGUGCAGAGAACGAAUAACAACGAAGAUGCUGCUGAAGAAAGUGACGUCACCAGUUCGGACAGUUCGCACAAUUCGGCCAAUAACAACAUCCCGAUUAAGCCACUGGACCCCAUGUCGUGUCUCGGCCUUGACAAGGAGGAAACUGUGACUCCGGUUCUGAAUGGAUGGGUACUUGGUGCAUACACGGCGAUGCUCGGCCGACUCUCGGCAGCGACUGCGGCUCUGGAAGCCUCGGAGAUUCCUAACAUGCCGUCGGACAGCGACUCGGAGAGCAAUCACUCUUCUUACACUGAAAAGUCGAGAGGCAGCAGCCCUAACGCUGGCGUUCAUCGCGGCUAUUCCUGUGGCUCUUGCGAUCUGAUCGCUCCCACCAGACCAGCUCUAAGGAAGCACAUGGCGGACUGUCAUCCCAGCCUCUUGGGAACUGAGACGGGCGAAGCUAGAAGGUGUCCCUCCUCGGGGUGCGACUUCACCACGAGAAGCAGGUGCGAGAUGGAGACUCACGUGGCGAGUCACGUGGCUCAGGGGAUUGCGCCAACGGGGAAGAAACGCAGCCUGGCCCUGCAGCGCGUCAGGUAUAGAUACGAGAGGGAGGAGUACCGUUGUUCAUUGUGCUCGUACGCGUGCACCAUCGAGAAGGCCUUCCAGAGACACCUUAGGGCACAUGCAAAAGGGGCGGCACCGGAAACUAGAGUCAGCUGCGCCGUUUGCGGAGCCGACAGAUCAUCGGAAGUCGACCUGAGUCGCCACAUGAGGAGGCACCGCGACGACCGGUACUUCUGUUGCGAUAUAUGCAUCUUCAGGACCGUCCAACUGAAGAAGCUGAUCCAGCAUCGUCGCAUGCACACCGGAGAGAAGCCUCAUCUGUGUCCACACUGCGCGUACAGAAGUGCGCGACGCGACAAUCUACGAAGCCACGUGAGGCGAGUUCACAAAAAAGAGAAUCUCUACUGCGACACCUUCAGUCCACGUGGGAUGCUGAUGGCCCCGACGAUCAGAGACAUGCCCUCCGUGGUCCAGAGUCCAGCAUCCUCGCCGUCCUCGACCUCGGAGUUGCCGAACUAACGAAGAGCAUCGUCAGCGCGGGAGCCGAGACCAUUUCCCGGAUGGCGAUGAAGCUUUCGGAAGGUCCCGAUGGCCGCGAGCGAAGCUUCGUCGAACAGUUUUACACGUCCUAACUUCGUCAAUAAGCGAUUUAGAUUAUAGCAGAAUGUUAGGGAAGAUUUUGCGAUAUCCCGAACGGUACGAGGACGUCUUCGUCCUGCUCGGAAUUCGAGAGCCUCGUGUCUUCCGGGUGAACGAAUGGGUCAGAGGUCGAAGAAACAUCGAAAAUCAUUUUUUGUUUCUCAUUUUUACGAAAAACGAAUUUUAAAUGGUUUCUUUGUAAUUAUCGCGUGUGUCCCGUGUGUCGCUUCUUUGACACUUUUCUAAUUCCAAGAGAUAUCGAUGCCAAGUCGAUAGACUUUUAUGAACUCGUGCAUUGGCUCUCGUGUAAAUAUAAAUAGGUCAAAACAGCAGCGUCUCUGAUCCUCUAACACAGAAUAGGUAUGUCCUUACCCAAUAUAUAUAUAUAUAGGUACGUUUAGCUAUGUUUAGGUAAAUAAAUUUAGGCACGUUUAGCUGAUGCAUGCGCUCCUUGAUCAUUUAACUUGAUUCGUCGUAUUGUGAGAGGAAAUUUUUAAUUAGUGUAAGCCAAUUAAUUCGUGCGUAAGAGAUAACAGUGAGAGAGAAGAAUGAAAAAGAAAAAAAAAGAUUAAGUAAAAUCAAGCUGCGUGAUGGUGCUAGACUGUAGACUGGAUUAGCGAAAGACUGAACCAAAAAAAGUAUUUCAAACUGCUCGACGUUUUCUCGGCCGUCAUUGAUAAACGCGGCCACACAGACUGCGAAUACGAACUGAAUUGCCAGAGUCUCCGAUAUUCUCAUAUAAUGUCAAAAGACUUAGAAUAAUAUUUAUCGAAAUUUUAGCAUUACGGAUUCGCGAAAUGAAGAAAAUUCAAGAAAUUUUUCGAGUUUAUUGCGAUCUCAAUGUUGAGCUCGGCUGUCAAAAUUUAAUCAUCGAGGUAAUUAUGCCUCGGAACGUGAAGUUUCUCUAAAAAGAUGAAGAAUCAACGCGAAGGCAUAUUAGUAAUUUAAGAAUGUAAUUAUAAUUGGUGCCAAAAAAAUUGUGAUGACAAAAUUAGUAUAAUUUUAAUCGAUAGGCAACGAUGCUGUGCAACUCUAAGACUGAUUCGAUGUGAAUGAAUCCAAAAAAUUGGCAAAAGAAAAGAGAAAAAAAAUGAAAAUAAUUGAUAGUCAAAGUUUGAAACGGAGAUUCUGGUGGAUAGGAAAGGUGCUAUUUUGUAAAAUCAUUAAUCGCUAUGGCCUCCCUUUUCGUCCUCUCUCGUUUGAUCGCUACUAUUCUUGCCAUUGAUGAUCGCCAUUGUUCUACUAUAGUUAGCAGACAAAAAGUACAGAAAGGUAUAACGCAGAUGGAUAAAUAUAUUGUCCACUGUGAGUAUUUGGGUAUUGGGUAUACCAAAGGUAACGGAUAACAGGAUUUUUUUUAGCGGGGCCGUCCCUGUGUCCUUCGGCGAUAAUAACGUUAAGCGAUUAAACAAUAUACAUAAAUAAAUGUGUGUCAAUUUUUAAUGUAUCGUAUUUGAUUCUAGUCGAUCAACCGAACAUUAAAUUGAUGACUAGUCGUCUAAGCGGAGUCUAACCGGUAACAAAAAGAACACGAACAGAUUGAAUGAUUGGCAAAACGAUCAUUUUCUCAGAACGCCUAUUUAUCUAUAUAUGUAUACGUAUAUCCAUAUGUAUAGUAUAUAUAUAUAUAUAUUCUUUCUUGCUUUUGAUAUAUAUUGUAUUCGAAUGAUAUUUUAUAUUUACAAUGCCUUUAUUCUGAGGUGUCGCGGAUUUCGUGAUUUUUAUACAUUAUUUACAACGCACAGCUCCCGAUGCUCUUUAUUGCAUAGCCUAAAGUCACGCCGUCGAGAUUCGAUUUACCUGUAAAUCGAGCUAAAUAUGAAAUAUUUAUCUGGCAGCAGCAGCCACUGUCGCUGUUCAGGAUUCUUAAGAGGAAGUCAGUAUUUAGAAAAUAUCCAACCAACCAGGAGAAGGUUGAGUCUCGACGGCGCGUCAAGACUGUUUGUUGAUAAUUAACUAAUUAUUACGUCUUAUUGUACGGGACAUACAUAAGAUGGCUGCCGCCGGCGCGACGGUCCAGCCUCCGAGAUUUAUUCGAAUAAUUGCACACUCCAUUAAAUUAUAAAUGUUGUGCCACCAUUACGAAACAGUGCGUGCCAAAAAAAAA